GCCAAUUAGAAUGUGGCAAGUCAGUGAAGGAGCGUGAUUUCCGAAUUCUUUAGUUAGAAAUCACAAGCCAAAGAUCAUUUUGUAACCCCACUUCAGGAUUCAUAAAGAUCUACAGAGAUUGUUAUUAAAAACACAAUUUUUGUGACAUUCAUCUGCUAACGUUACGAGUUAAAAGGGAGAAGUCUCACUCGUUGCACGGAUAGCAUUCCAUUGGAAAACCUGACAAUGAGAAAGAUAGCGCUGCUACUGAUUGUGUUACUUGGCGUUGCCCACUUUGCCGCUGUCAUCCGAUGUGAAGCUGAUGGUAAGGAGCUAGCUAAUUUGUAAUGAAUUAAGUUAGCCAGGAAUGUUUACUAGGCUAGUUAGGUAGUUGGCUUAUCCUGUAAUUAUAACAGCCAGGCAGCUCUUAUUAACUAGGUAGUUGGCUGGCUAGUUAGCUAGCUAAUUGCUAACUUGACUGCUGGCUAGUUUUUGUAGAAUGUUGUGCGUACACGCGCGUACUCUGUAUGUUGCAGCGUGGUUUUGUUAUGUUGCAAUGCAAACCCAACUGUGUUGUCCAGUCAGACUAUCGUUGCUAGACAUUAUGUUUAUUUCACACUGUGUGUUAUCCAUGGUGUUCGCAGAUGUAGCGGAAGAAGUAGAGAAGGAGGAGGAGGAGGAGGAUGAUGAUGAAGAUGAGGAUAAAGCUGAUGGAACAGAGGUGAAGAAUGAGAAUGGAGUGUUGGUCCUGAAUGAUGACAACUUCGACAUGUUCAUGGAGGGGAAGGACAUCGUACUGGUUGAGUUCUAUGCACCAUGGUAAGUUUGCAUAAAGGAAUAGUUCACAAUAAUAAAGUCAAUAUUUGGCAGUCAUUGGAGACGUGUCCAUCCGCAUCGUCUAUUGUGCAGUUCCUGGUAGCCGAUAUGUAGUUUGAAAAACAGGCAGACCUUAAUCUCAAAUAUGCAUGGGAUAUCUGCACCAUUUAAUUCAUUUCCCAUUGAUUGACACUUCUCUAAUCAGUUACCCUCCGCUCUCCCAGGUGUGGCCACUGUAAGCACUUUGCUUCAGAGUAUGAGAAGAUUGCCCUGACUCUGAAGGAGAAUGACCCCCCUAUCCCUGUGGCCAAGGUGGACGCGACCAAGUCCAGUUCCUUAGGGAGCAGGUUCGAGGUGUCGGGAUAUCCCACCUUCAAGAUCAUGAAGAAGGGGGAGGCUGUGGAGUAUGAUGGAGACAGGAAUGAGCAGGGUAAGAAGUCUACUAAGAAGACUUAUCCAGUCAGGACCUGACUGUCUUUUUCAGCCUUUGACAACGCUACAUUGCCAGCUUGUUUAGUUCAAGCAGAAACAGAGUAUUAAACAGGUUACUAUAACGUAGUAACUGUGGUUGUGUUUGUCUUGUGGCUCGAGUGGAUUGGAACCCACUUUCAGUUUCACUACAGUAACAUUAGUAACGCAGUAACUGCGGUUGUGUUUCAGCCAUUGUGGCUCAGUGUAUGGAGUGCCAGCGGACUGGAAGCCCCUCAGAGGCCACCUGGUGCUGACCAAAGGACAACUUUGACGAGUGGUCACGGGAAUCAUCCUGGUGAGUUCUAUGCCCAUGGUCAUACAACACCCCCAACGUUCAGGAUGCUCAAUAGCUAGAGUUCGCUAAGUUCACCUGCUUCACCUGCACUGAGUUAUGAAAUUAAAUCUAUCAUGGCCUUUGUGUUUCAAGGUGAGGAGGACAAGUCAAGUUAGGGAGAGGCAUUUGUGGGAUGCUAAGAUCAUGAAGGUGUAUCUUGCUUCUGAAGCUUCAUAUGUGUAGAAAUUCCUCCCUGAUUUCACUAUUAAUAUAUCAUGGAUUUGAGAUUCGGUUUAGUGAUUAACCCCCGCCCCCCCCCCACAUCACAACGUCAACAACGUGAACAAGUUUGCUCUUGGGUCCAAUCAGAAUGCCUAACUUCCGUUACCACAACACUGAAGUGAGUACGGUUGGUAUUCUUGGUAGAUGUUGGUUAACAGUCGCAUGAGAAAAUCUCCCUAAUGAGUCUGUUCAAAAAUUUUUGGAGGGGCAUUGGGUCUGUCUGUAGAAUAGUGAAAUGAAGUGUGGGGGGAAUACCGUGUUAGGGCUGACUGGAGAGCUAAUGCGCUAGGAAAAUAAAAUGCCCUUUCAUGUCAAAUGCAACGAGAGUUGUAUAUGUUCUUGAAAAUAAAAUAAUUACUUUGCGCAUCCUCAGAUCUGUAGGCUAGUACUAGGGAUGUUCGCGGUUAACCGUUAAUCGGUUAGCUGCCGCAUUUGACCGGUCAUGCUUAUUGGUCUAUAGGUUAAUUUGCAUAAUUUUGUGGAAUUAAAUUGGCACGUGUGUAUUUUUGUUAGUGGUCAUGCAUUUUAUUUAUCGCGCUCACAGCAUACAGAGCCUAGUUUGAGGAGAGGAAUAGCCCUACCACACAGACAGCGUGAGAGUAGCUCCUCAAAAGGCCUGAAGGCUACUGGAGUAAAACCUGCUUUUGGAAGCCCAGUCAUUGCGCAACAAAUAACAAUUCUAAAUGCAAUCGCGUUAACUUUGGUGGCCACGAUUAAAAAGGAGCUAUUUUUAUUUCUGUCUCAACUCGUAAAGCGUGCCUCCCAUUCGGAUGCAUAGGCUAUAGCCUGCCUACCGUUGACUAUCAGCGGUAGGCCCACCACUUUGCAAUGUGAGCUUGAGGCAGUAUAAUUAUUUGAAACCUGAACGUUUUACUUAACUUCAAAUAAUGAGAGAUGUCAUACCUUGCUUCAAAGUAGACUUGUGAAAAUCCAUCCAUAGAAACAUGGAGACAAUUUUAUAAAGACUUCCUGAUGCCAUUAACCAGCAUUUCUCUCCUGUUCUAUUGGUUUCAUAUCAACUUUCUUUCGUUGUCCAGAAGCCAAAGGCACAAUCCUAGUCAUAUUAGCAAACCAUCAUAGUAGCUGCUAUUUGUUCCUCCUCUUUCUAAAUGUCUAACUGAGAUGUAUAUCUGUCACCAUAUGGAACUGCUUACCUUAGGUGCAGUUUAGAACUGUGUUUUCCGUGAAUUGCAUUUGGACAAAUGUUUGAAAAUGACAUUUUAUUAGCUACUUCAUUACAGGAGUUGCAUGUUCAAUAAUAGGCUAUAGCCUUUUGACUGUAAGAUGAUAAGCUUACUAUUGUUGCAUGUUUCCAUUAAGCUCUUAACGAAAAAUGUCUGGUCCUUGUAUGCAUGCAUAGUAUUGGAGAAAAGAAGGCAAAGCGCAAGGUUUCACUCUCGACAAAAUCUGUCCAAAUAAGUCCAAUGUGUUUCUAUGGGCUUAUUUUGGGCCUAAGCUUGUCGCCUGCCUUCCCGCCUUGGAACGACUCCCAUUGUUAGGGCGGAAACAUAAGCAUCUCAUGAUUAUAUACAGAUCUCUGAUAGUAUUUUCUGUUGGUCACAUUAAUUUGUUCUUACCAUUUGUUAAAUGGUUAAUAAGGGUCAGUUAGUCAGCAGCAUAAUGUACCUACAUUUACAUCCCUAGCUAGUACAUUUACAGUGCGCAACAAACAAUACAUUUUUUUUUCUCCAAAAAUGAACACUAACGUCCGUUGGGAUAUUUGAAUAACCAUGCCCAUCCCUAUUCCAGGUGUGGCCACUGUAAGCGGCUGGCUCCAGAGUACGAGAAGGCAGCCAAGGACCUGAGCCAGCGCUCUCCUCCCAUCCCCCUGGCCAAGGUAGACGCCACCCAGGAGAACGACAUCGCCAUCCGCUUCGGGGUGUCGGGGUACCCCACCCUCAAGAUCUUUAGGAAGGGGAAGGCCUUUGACUACAACGGACCCAGAGAGAAGAAUGGUACGUCCACGCUUCAGACUGUUUCAGACACUACCCCAUGACUAAAUAUAUCUGCUAACAUUAUGGACUUUAGGACCCGUCCCAUGUUAAUGAUAUAGCCGAGGGUACUAACUAUUCUGUGUGUGUUCUCUCUGUAGGUAUCGUUGACUAUAUGAGCGACCAGGCGGGGCCACCCUCCAAGCAGGUGCAGACGGUGAAACAGGUGCAGGAGUUAAUCAAAGAUGGCGAUGAUGCUGUCAUAGUGGGCGUGUUCUCCUCAGAGCAGGAUACAACCUAUGACCUCUACCUAGAGGCCUGUGAGUACAUAAUUAAUUACAUUGACAUUGAGAAUGCAUUUGUCAGUGUUCAUGAUACAUAGAAUAUUGCAUAUGAUGUGUAGUAUACAGAGGAUAUAUUUAAUCCGUGCUCCUGUACUCCCAGUGCGGCCUUCUAAUUCUAAAGGAGAUAGUUAUUGUUGUGUUCCCCUCCUCUCACUCCUCCCAGGUAACGCUCUUAGAGAGGACUUCAAGUUCCUCCACACCUUCAGUUCAGACGUGGCCAAGCUCCUCAAGGCCUCCCCAAGCCAGGUCGUCAUGGUGCAUCCUGAGAAGUUCAGGUCCAAGUACGAGAAAGCCUCAUAUAUACUCACCAUCAAAGUAAGUCUGACAACUGGUGUGUGUGUGUGCGUUACGCUAGUCAGCUUCUUACACACUCAAAUCAAUGCCACACGCACCGAAUACAACCGGUGUAGACCUUACAGUGAAAUGCUUACUUACUUACAAGCCCUUGACCAACAAUGCAGUUUUUAAGAAAAGUGUUAAAUAAAAAGUAGAUAAGUUAAAAAUAGCAAAUAAUUAAAGAGCAGCAGUAAAAUAAAAUAACAGUAGGGAGGCUAUAUACAGGGGGUACCGGUACAGAGUCAAUGUGCAGGGGGCACCGGUUAGUUGAGGUAAUAUGUAUGUGACAGUAAGCCUUGUGAUGGAGGGAAAAAAUCUAAACAGUUACAUAUCACAAUAUUAUUUUGGGCAAUAUUAAAUCAAUACUUUGACUUCCAAGUAUCGAUUUGUAAUUUUUUUUUACAUUAUUGUUAUUAUAAAUGUUUUGCUAGGUAGCGUUAGCUAGCGCUAGUCGGCUGUACCUGCGGCAAAACUCCUGCAUUUUUCAUCCUAAAGCAUGUGCUCCAUCUUCUUUUUUUAAUAGUGAGCCAACAUGUUUUCAGCACUUAUUUCCAUGACUGAUCAAAACUUGUUUCCUCAUGUUCUUUUGUCUGUCUGCAGCAGACAUAUGGUGAGCAAUAUGUUUGGAACAUCAAAUCACAAUAAAAUCGCAGUAUCGAAUCGCAAUACAUAUAGAAUCGUGGGAAUUGCAAAACAUAUCGUAUCGGCACCUACGUAUCUUGAUAAUAUCGUAUCGUGAGGUCCCUGGCAAUUCCCAGCCUGAUUCACUGGAUGGAUGCCAUUUAUCCAUCUCACUGCAAUAUGCAGGGAUAUCUGAAACUAGCAGACUUCAAUGAAGCAUGCUUUCCUAACUUAAAUAGAAUACUGAAAUGAUUCAUGUAUGUAUAAUGUCCUGCCUCCUCUCCCCCCAGGACUCCACAGAGGUGUCGGAGGUGCAGGACUUCUUUAAGAAACACAUCCUGCCGCUGGUGGGUCACAGGAAACAAAGCAAUGAUGCUAAACGUUACACCAAGAGACCACUGGUCGUCGUUUACUACGGAGUGGACUUCAGCUUUGACUACAGGAAAGGUGUGUCCUCAACCCCUUAUUUCCUAUAUUAGGUGAAUAUUGUGGAUAUUUUCAAAGUCUUAAGCUGCAUAGCUUCCAUAAUACCUUUUUUGUCAGGCUGAAGGGCUGGAACAAUAUACUGCACUUCAAGUAGAUCUCCUCCCUGACCGAGGUUUGGAGAACCUUGGCUGUUAAUUGGAGCCUGCAGCUCAUGUCUGAUUACCCCCUCUAUCUCUGUUCCAGCGACCCAGUUCUGGAGGAGCAAGGUUUUGGAGGUGGCCAAGGAUUUCCCAGAAUACACCUUUGCCAUCGCUGAUGAGGAGGACUACUCAGAUGAGUUGAAGAGCCUGGGGCUCAGUGACAGCGGGGAGGAAGUCAACGUGGGGAUCCUGGGAGAUGGAGGCAAGAAGUUUGCCAUGGAGCCUGAGGAGUUAGACUCUGAGGUGCUGAGGGACUUCAUCAUGGCCUUCAAGAAAGGUGAGUUUUACAGCAAUUGUUGUCAAUUGAAAGUAUGUCAGAGGACUUCACACCACAGCAUGUUGUAUUGAGUUACAGGUUAUUCUGAGUUGAGUGCCUUGUCUGCUGCCAGCAAAAUAUUAUCAGUAUGUGACAGGUCUUGAUGGUCCUAUUGAGUUUACAGGGUUGACCAUUGAAACUGUCAGAAUUGCCAAGAUUGUGUAAUAGACUAUUAGUGGUCAGCAUGUCUGGUUUUGUCUGUUCCCCUCUACAGGCAAACUGAAGCCCAUCAUCAAAUCCCAGCCAGUGCCCAAGAACAACCAAGGCCCCGUGAAGGUAGUGGUUGGGAAAACUUUUGACGACAUCGUCAUGGAUACCAAAAAAGACGUUCUGAUAGAGUUCUACGCCCCGUGGUGUGGCCACUGUAAGAAGCUGGAACCCGACUACACAGCCCUGGGGAAGAAAUACAAGAGCGAGAAGAACCUGGUCAUCGCCAAAAUGGACGCCACAGCCAACGAUGUGCCUCACGACAGCUACAAAACGGAGGGCUUCCCCACCAUCUACUUUGCGCCUAGCAACAGCAAGCAGAGCCCAAUCAAAUUCGAGGGCGGGGACAGAACCAUAGAAGGAUUAAGUAAGUUCUUGGAACAGUACGCCACAAAGUUAUCACAGAGCAGAGAUGAACUUUGAGAAUAUCUCGCUCUGAGUACCUAAACUCCAACUAUGCCUCUGCAGUCCCAGGUGCCCUGGGGGAGCCGAGGGCAGAGGCUGUCAAUCUCAAAUCAACCCCUCCUAGCCCCUACACCCUAGCCACUUAUGCAUAGACCUUAGAGGGUUGGAUCAGAGAGCAAGAUGGAGCUACCACCGUAUUGUUUAGAUGUAUUCAACCCUCUCAGAUCUCCACUAGGGCCUAGUGGUUAGGGCCUAGUGGUUAGGGGCUAGGAAUUUGUUUCCCCAAAGAGGGCUCUUAGUGAGUUGCUGUGAUCCACAGAUUCAGCUUUUGUUUUCCAUGUCUAAAAGCAUGUAAGCACUGUGUUCCAGAUUUCUAAGUCUUUUUAAAUAAAAUGUUGUGAAAACGGAUGUGGU